AUGUCCACCACGCCCACGCCUCCCUUCCAGUCCGCCCUCCUGGCAGGCGCCCUCGCCGGCACGACGGUCGACCUCUCGCUCUUCCCGCUCGACACGCUCAAGACCCGACUCCAGUCGUCGGCCGGCUUCUUCCCCUCGGGCGGCUUCUCGGGAAUAUACCGCGGCAUCGGCUCGGCGCUGGUGGGCUCCGCCCCCGGCGCGGCCUUCUUCUUCUGCACGUACGAGACGACCAGGGGGCUCCUUCUGGGGCCUCACGGGAACCGGGUGCCCGAGGCCGCCGCGUCCAUGGCGGCCGCGAGCCUGGGCGAGGUGGCCGCGUGCGCGGUCCGCGUGCCGACCGAGGUGGUCAAGCAGCGCGCCCAGGCGGGCAUGCACGGUGGCUCGUCGAGGGCCGCCCUGGGUGCCAUCCUGUCCCGGCGCUCGACGCACGGUCUCGGCGCCGUCUGGAGGGAGCUGUACCGGGGCUGGGGCAUCACCGUCUUCAGGGAGGUGCCCUUCACCGUCAUACAGUUCCCGCUCUGGGAGGCCAUGAAGUCGUGGCGGAGGAAGCGCAAGGGGGGCGGCGACAAGGCCGGCCGCCAUGUCCCCGCGCCCGAGAGUGCCCUCUUUGGCAGUGUGGCCGGAGCCGUCUCGGCCGCCGCCACGACGCCCCUGGAUGUCUUGAAGACGAGGGUCAUGUUGUCCAAGGACAGGGUUUCCGUGGCACAAGUAUUUGGCACCAUGGUCAAGGACGAGGGCCUUCGUCCCUUCUUUGCCGGCAUUGCGCCUAGAGUCACCUGGAUUUCUCUCGGAGGUGCCAUAUUCCUGGGAAGCUACCAAUGGGCCAUCAAUACUAUGACAUCCAUUUAG